AUGUUGAAAAGACAAAGAGAAACAAGUUUGGAACCCGCUGUUAAACAGAGAAGGUUGGAACAGAGGCUUCCCUCCUUACCAGUUCAUGGAAAAAGACCUAUACUGAAGGCAGGACUGUCAUGGACGGUCAAAGGAAAGGAUGAAGGCGCCCAAGGGUCUUUCCUGUUUGACACCGGUUGUACAGGAGCAAUCCUCAACCAGAGUUUUGUCAGGAAGCAUGGAAUUCCCUUAGUGCGGCGAGAUCAACCUCUGACAAUGUUUGAUGCUCAAGGAGAUGUCAUGAUGGGAGGAGGCGAGUAUUAUACUCACCCGGUCCGCAUGAUUAUGGGAGAUCAUAAGGAGACACUCCGAUGGGAAGUGGCUACUUUGGAAGAAGGAAUGACCGGUUACCUGCCAAUUAGUUGGGCUAGGAAGCAUAACCCGGACAUCAACUGGGAACUCAACACCAUGAGCUGGAGGAGUGACUACUGCAAGCAGAAUUGUCUCCCAGCGGCCACCAAGAUCGAACUGAUCACUCCAUACCAAAUGUUGGAAGAAGAAGAGACAGUCUAUCAAUUGGUAGGUUCAGUAUGGCAUGAUGAGGACGGAGGUGAUAUUGCUGAGAAAAUACACCACCUAUACCGGGAUUGGGCUGAUGUGUUCAGUCAAGAGAAGAUUGAGGAAAUGCCGCCGCAUUCCCAUAAUGAUUUGAAGAUCAAACUCUUGCCUGGCACCGCUCCCCCAUUUGGCCCGCUGUACCCAUGUUCCGCUCCAGAGUUGAAGGCCCUCCGAGAGUACCUGGAUAAAGAAUUGUCUUCAGGAAAGAUCUCUAGAUCUAAUAGCCCUGCUGCGGCGCCCAUAUUGUUCAUUCCUAAGAAAGAUGGUACAUUGCGGAUUUGUGUGGAUUACAGAGGUUUGAACAAGGUCACUGUCAAGGACAAGUACCCGCUGCCUAUCAUGAGCGAGCUCAGAGACAGGUUGUUCAAGGCCAAGAUCUUCACAAAGAUAGACCUGAAGAACGGCUUCAAUUUGAUCAGGAUAGCCGAAGGUGAUGAGUGGAAAACUGCUUUCAGAACCCGCUAUGGACUGUAUCAGUAUAAUGUGAUGCCGUUUGGUCUAUGCAAUGCCCCCUCCGCCUUCCAGGCAAUGAUCAAUGAUGCGCUAAAAGAACUACUAGAUGAAGGAGUGGUUGUCUAUAUUGAUGACAUCCUCAUCUACUCGGAAACUGAGAAGGAGCAUGAGAUACUGGUCAAGAAGUUACUACAGAAGCUUAGGGAAGCUAAGCUCUGUGCCUCCAUCAGUAAGACAUCCUUCCAUGUCCGAGAAGUAGAAUAUCUAGGCUAUCACAUCUCGGAAAAGGGGGUAUCUAUGUCAGAAGACAAGGUGGAGGCAGUUAAGGAAUGGCCUGUUCCGGAGAAUAUUAAGGCAGUACAGGCAUUCCUCGGAUUUGCAAACUUCUAUCGCCGCUUCAUUGAAGGCUUCAGUAAAGUUUGCAAACCAUUAACUGAUCUCCUGCAAAAGGACAAGAAAUGGUAUUGGACGGCAGU